CCGGAAAAGAACAGCGACCAAGAACAAUUUCCACGUUAGAGUUGUUGUUAUUUAUACGUUUAUUAACACCAUGGAACUCAAAAUUAACAAUUUAACUGCACAACAUCACAUACCUACAGCACUUGGUUGACAGAUGUUAUCGAUUGUCGAGGUAACGCUAGCCAGCUAGUUAGCGGAUAACGUUAGCUAACGAUGGCUAACAGUAUGGUUUUUCACACUCAAAUAGCCUCCAUCAUGGAGGUGUUAGCGAAUGCAGCCGUGGCAGAGGUCUGUAAACUCGUAGACGACGAUUAUGCAGUGUUUCGUUUGGAAAUGUCUCAAAGCCAGAAAGAAAACAGGGCAUUGCGAAGGAAACUACAGCUAUUCGAACUGAAGGUAGCACGGGAGCGCGUCCUCACCAGUCGUCCCAAUAGUGUCAAGCUCGUCGACAGACACAGAGGAAUAGCAAGAGGUGAAGGACAUCUCACUGGAGGUCACAGGAGUUUUGUGAAGCCAGUGGGACACAAUACAUGGAGAGAUGACCAACCAAUCACUGUUGAUGAGGGGAGUGGAACCUCAACCCAGCCCGUUAUCGUGAUAGAGUCUGCAGAUGCAGAGGCUGCUGGUCCUGGGGUUAAGCAGGAGAAGACUGAAAGAGAGGAGGACCCACAGCAAAGCAGAGACAUCCAGACUGGACCGACUGGAAUGCCCCCUGUAGCCACGGAGGACACCGCCCCAGCGCAGUCCAGUUACCAACGCAUUGUCACUGAGGUCUGUGGAACACCAGAGGCUGUCCUAAAGUCAGAGACGGACACUGAGAUUUUAACUGUAACACACAGGCUUUUACACACAGGACCUGACCACGGAUCAGACCCAGAGAGACUUGGGCUGGGGCCAUUGGGCUGUCCUCCUGUUCCCGGCUCAGAAUACUUACCGAUAUUUCACCAGGUCCAGAGGACGGUUCAUUCUCGUGGAGAUGGUGAGGUGUUAUACACAGGCAUUGAUGACUUGUCUUGUACUUACGCAACAGAGAUGGACCCUGGAAACGUAUCCUUGGAUUUAGAGACACAGAAUGAUCUGUCUAGAGGGGACUGGAACCGGUACAGUAGUAGUGUAUACUCUGAAGGGUGCCUAGAUAAGAAAGGAGAGGUUAUAGUCGUAGACGAAGUGACUGUGAAAGUGGAGGGUGACGCUCCUCCCACAUGGAAUGCAAAUAGUCACCUAGGAGACAGACACUCACAAGGCAGAGAUUUCUUAGAUUACAGGGAAAGCUUAGAGACAAAUCCAAAUGUCGUCCACCCGUUACGGGAUCGCGACCCAGUGUCCACGUCAAUGGGGCCUUCCGAUUCACACGGCUGUGCCCUUAUGGAUCAGGCAUUGAACUCAAAAGACAGGGCUAGAGCCCAGGCUCUGGGGGGGGAAGCAACAUCUGCCAAAAAACAGGGGGUGAAACCCUUUAGCUGUACCCAGUGUUCUAUGCGCUUCGCCCAGGCUGGCAACCUGAAGAGGCACCAGAGGGUCCACACAGGGGAGAAACCAUUCAGCUGUACCCAGUGUCACAUGUGUUUCGCCCAGGCUGGUGACCUGAAGAGACACCAGAGGGUCCACACAGGAGAGAGACCUUACAGCUGCCCCCAGUGUGAGAAGAGGUUCUCCCACCAGCACCAUCUGAAGAUGCACUUGAAGAUCCACACUGAAGCGAGGCUGUUCGCCUGUACGCCCUGUGGGAAGAGAUUUUCAGAUAGGAGCUACCUCAGGAUACACCAGCAGAAAAACCAUUCCACUCUAUAACAUAGAAAGUAACAAUUUGACUCGAUAGCUUCUGACGUUUAGAUCAAACCCUGCAUUAAAAGAUUAACUUUCAUUGUUGUCAGCAGAACAUUUGGAUUAACAAGAGUCACAGAUUUCCGUGUUGAAUAUUCCUGGGUAGAAUAAUGCAUCCUACAAUACUGUGUAGACCAGUGGUCACCAACCUAUUCAAGAUCACUUUCAUUGAUCUAUCGCUCAGAAUUAAAAAAAAACAUUACUUAACAGUUUUGUAGGAAUGAGGUUUGGGCAGUAGGACUAAUACAUUAUCACAGCAUACUGGCAAUAUGCCUGGCCUGCCAAUAUUUGUUCUUCUCAGACCAUAUUUCAAAACUCAAGCUUUGUUUACAAAAUAGAUCAGUUGGUGUAGCAACUUGCUUAGCAUAAAUUGAAAUAAUUUGCUUUUUUAUUUUACUGGACUGAUGGUACCUGCAUCUGAUUGUCAUGGUGCUUUCAAUACAAAUGGGAGCUCGGGAAAAAACUAGGUCAAAUCAUGAUGUCAGUGAUCUUCAGGUUGCAUUAGUCUCAGUGGAGGGAGGGAAAGAACAGCAGAGGGUCCACUUCUCACAGUCACUGCUCUCUCCUACUUUUCCUCUGGUGAGACUGAACAGAGAGAGGGGACACUGUCUUCCACCUGAUGGCGAAACUCGAGUCGAAAGUGAAAUAUUCCUCUUAAAGUAGACACGACGAUGGACUAAUAAUAAUUUAAAAAUGCAGGGCAAGCAAUACACUUGGCUACUCAUUCAUUGCAGCUGCAUCGCGAGUGGAAGUAGUAGAGAAGAGCAUUUUAUGUUUUGCAAUGGUGCUGAAUCAUUUUUAUUUUUGACAUGAACUCACUCAUAAAAACAGCAGCUCUUUACUGUAUUCUUUGACAGUCUCUGUGGUCAUGGUUUUAAAAGUUAUUAAGUCUUACGUAGGCUAGUAUCAAACUUUACUGUGGAAGCUCUGUAGGCCCAGUGAUUUGAGCUAUCUGAUUGGCCAGUGCAGUAGGCUCACUCACUCGGUCCACCUGGUAGGUUUGUCUUUUCAAACAAAUGGAAUGGUUCAAAAUGGGAAGACUUUGCUUGAUCGGUGACAGCACCUACCGCCAACAGCGCAACACAAAUCAAAUUUAAAAAGGAGCGCAAGCCUUUAUCACAACCUUUAUCGUCGUUUUUUCUACAGAACUGUUUGGUGUGGAAUGUCUUGAAGAUUGACUGGUUGGUGAUCACUGGUGUAGGCUAUAUGAUGUUCACAAAUUCCUAUUUUAUACAUCCAUUCACCAACUAAAUUUUUUUCCCAAGACACUUUUAAUGAGGAAAUUAAUGCAGUUUAUCAAGUUAAUGCAGUUUCUUCGUUGAGGUCUGUGUGUGUGUGGUUUUCACCCUGUUCUGCAUUCACCCGACAGCGCUUUAACAAAUCUAAUCAAAUCUAAUCAAGUUCACUGGUCGCAUACACAGAUUUGCAGAUGAUAUCGCAGGUGCAGCCAAGUGCUUGUGUUUCCAACAGUUCAGUAAUUAAUACCAGGUAACAUAAAACAAUACACACAUAAUCCCGAGUGGCGCAGCGGUCUAAGGCACUGCAUCUCAGUGCUAAAGGCAUCACUACAGACACCCUGGUUCAAAUCCAGGCUGUAUCACAACCAGCCGCGAUUUGGAGUCCUAUAGGGUGGCGCACAAUUGGCCCAGUGUCGUCUGGGUUUGGGCGGUGUAGGCCGUCAUUGUAAAUACGAAUUUGUUCUUAAGUUCUUAACUGACUUGCCUAGUUAAAUAAAUGUUAACAAAUAUAUAUUUUAUAUAUAUAUAUAUAUAUAUAUGUAGAAAUUAAGAAAUUUCAGAACAAUCCUUGUCAGAGUCCGGAAUAUACAAUGAAAGUAUUCAUACCCUUUGACUUAUUCCAUAUUGUGUUGUGUUACAGCCUGAAUUCAAAAAUUUGUUUUUAGACAUUUUUGCAAAUGUAUUGAUAAUGAAAUACAGAAUUAUCUAAUUUACGUAAGUGUUCACACCCCUGAGUCAAUACUUUGUAGAAGCACCUUUUUGGCAGUAAUUACAGCAGUGAGUCUGUAAGUCUCUAAGAGCUUUCCACACCUGGAUUGUGCAACAUUUGCCCAUUUAUUAUUUUCAAAAUUCUUCUAUCUCUUUCAAAGUGGUUGUUGAACAUUGCGAGACAACUGUUUUCAGGUUAGAUUUUCAAGUAGAUUUUAGUCAAAACUGUAACUCGGCCACUCAGGAACAUUCAAUGUCUUCUUGGUAAGAAACCCCAGUGUCGAUUUGGCCUUGUGUUUUAGGUUGUCAUGCUGAAAGGUGAAUUAAUCUCCCAGUGUCUGGUGGAAAGCAGACUGAACCAGGUUUUCCUCUUGGAUUUUGCCUGUGGUUAGCUCCAUUCCAAUUAUUUUUUUAUCCUGAAAAACUCCCCAGUCCCUAAAGAUUACAAGCAUACCCACAACAGGAUGCAGCCAUCACUAUGAUUGAAAAUAUGGAGAGUGGUACUCAGUGAUGUAUUGGAUUUGCCCCAAACAUACCACUUUGUAUUCAGAACAAAAAGUUAAUUGCUUUGCCACAUGUUUUGCAGUAUUACGUUAGUGCCUUGUUGCAAACAGAAUGCAUGUUUUGGAAUAUUUUUAUUCUGUACAAGCUUCCUUUUCACUCUGUAAUUUAUGUUAGUGGAGUAACUACAAUGUUGUUGAUCCAUCCUCAAUUUUCUCCUUAUACAGCCAUUAAACAAUGUAACUGUUUUAAAGUUAUCAUUGGCCUCAUGGUGAAAUCCCUGAGCGGUUUCCUUCCUCUCCGGCAACUGAGUUGGGUAGGAUGCAUGUUUCUUUGUAGUGACUAGGUGUAUUGAUACAUCAUCCAAAGUGUAAUUAAUAACAUCACCAUGCUCAAAGGGAUAUUCAAUGUUUGCUUUUUUUAUAUGUACCAACCUACCAAUAGGUGCCCUUCUUUGCGAGGCAUUGGAAAUCACUUUCAUGGGAUUUCCACAACAUUCUAAAGGGUCCAUUUUGACAUCUUGACUUCCAACAUUCUAUUAUAUUCAACAAUAUAACAUUUGACACAAAUCUGUUACUUUGACCACUUUCACAAAGUGUGUGUUUGAACACUUCCUCUACUUUUCUGCUAUUCAAAUAUGAAAUCAGAGCAAAAAUAUCUUAACGAUACAGCUGUUUUGGUAACCCCCCAAAAAUUCUAACAACUGAAAUUCUAACCACUUUCCCAAGAAGUGAGACAAAAAGUUAGUGUAGGAAAUCUUCUUCUGCUUUUCAAAUAUGAAAUCAGAACAGGAAUAGUUUCUAACAAUCAAAGGUUAGAGCUGUUUUAGUAACCUCAUCGACUGCUUUCAUUGGGCUAUUGUCCCACUCAUGUAACUUCGUUGGUGACAUUUCCCUGGUUAGCAUAGCAACAUUUGGUCUCACUUUGCAUUUAAUAGCCCUCUUGACUCAGUCUGUUAGAUGUGCCACAAUUUUUGUUUUCUACAGUUAAGAAGUCACAAAAACAUUGAGACCAGUACACACACUCCUUCCACAAGGAUCUGCUGUCCAGAUUGACAAGCCCAUCUUGACGUUGUUGUACGAAAAGAGGGUACGCACAGUUGAUACAAGCUGCGACCACAGAAAAUAAUACCCUGCUGGAUCCAGUGUUCAUUUCACAACCACAAACUUGCUUCCAUUCAGAUAUGCUGCAGAGAUACUGAAGCUAUCACAACCCAGUGUAUUGCAUUUUCACUUCAGACAUCUCCCAGGUAUGAAUCUUGACUAAAACAUUGGUAUCACAUUUCACUGCUUGCAUUCGUUCUGUCUU